GCCAGCAGGUUUUCUGGUUGGCUGACAGUUCCCUUAUCCCUCCACCGGAAAAGGGAAAUGAAUCAGCUGUUGGAAGAAGCUGCUUUGGGCUCAAUCCAGGAAGCAUGAUAGAUGUUGUGUUGUGACAAAGCAAAGUUGUGCAGAGCUCUCUGGAGUACCAGCUGCCCUUGUCGUGGCCUGCCUUUGAUUCAUGGUCUGUGGAGAACCCCAUGUUUGUAUUUUGGCUACUAUUGUACCAAGGAAAAUAUGGCCAAGGCAAUUCAAGCUCGGCGGCUGGAAGGCGUGGACCAGAAUAUCUGGGUGGAAUUUUCUCGACUAGCUGCUUCUCACAAGGCUGUGAAUUUGGGUCAAGGUUUUCCUAAUUUUUCCCCACCGGAUUUUGUCAAGAAAGCCUACAUGGAAGCGAUCAGUGGAGAAAACACCAUGUUGCACCAAUACACGCAGGCCUUUGGACAUCCGCGAUUGGUGGAGAUCCUGGCUCGCUUCUUUGGGAAGCUGCUCCAGCGAGACCUGGACCCGCUGAAGAAUGUGAUGGUGACAGUGGGGGCGUACGAAGCUCUCUUCUGCUGCUUCCAGGCCCUGGUGGAUGAGGGGGACGAGGUGAUUAUAAUUGAGCCGUACUUUGACUGCUAUGAACCCAUGACCAAAAUGGCAGGCGGGAAACCCGUCUUUGUCCCCCUCCGUCUGAAAGGUGCCAAAAGUGGAAAGCUGGCAUCCAGCCGGGACUGGCAACUCGAUCCAGCCGAAUUGGAGGCGGCAUUCACCAAACGAACAAAAGUCCUGAUUUUGAAUUCCCCCAACAACCCUUUGGGGAAGGUUUUCAGUAGAGAUGAGAUGAUGCACUUGGCGGACUUGUGUGUGAGACACGACGUGCUCUGUUUAAGCGAUGAAGUCUACGAGUGGCUGGUUUAUGACGAAAAUGAGCAUGUGCGGAUUGCCAGUUUGCCAGGAAUGUGGGAGCGGACUGUGACCAUUGGCAGCGCUGGCAAAUCCUUCAGUGCCACAGGAUGGAAGGUUGGCUGGGCCAUCGGGCCCGACCACCUCUUGAAACACCUAAGAACCGUCCACCAAAAUUCGAUCUAUCAUUGUGCCACUGCAGCUCAGCAGGAGGCCGUGGCCCAUGGGUUUGAGCAAGAGUUGGCACGCCUCGGCAAGCCCGACAGCUAUUUUCUGCAGCUGCCCAAAGAGCUUCAGCGGAAACGGGAUCUCCUGGUGGAAAGCCUGGUCUCUGUGGGCAUGACGCCGAUUGUCCCGGAGGGCACCUACUACCUGAUUGCCGACCUCUCGACGUUUAAAAUUGAUUUGUUGCCUUCGGAAGAAUCCUACGACUUUCGUUUUGCAAAAUGGAUGAUUAAGAAUAAGCGUCUGGCUUCCAUUCCUGUCUCUGCUUUCUACAGUGUCCCACAGAAGAAAAAUUUUGACCAUUUUCUGCGUUUCUGCUUUGCAAAGGAGGACUCGACCUUGAAAGCUGCUGGGGACAUCUUGAAGGAAUGGAGCCAGGAAAUGCAAAACCAGUAACACCUCAGCCCUGGGGAGAGAAGCAGAGGCUCCUGGCGGGUCUUCCCGAGGUCUCAGCAAGAUGAUGGGGGCAGCCACUCAGCCCAGCGCCGAUGCACUUGUGUGUCAAAGACUAUUCAUACCCCUGGAGAUGCUGAAAACCUCCCAGGAGUUCCUACCUCUCAGGGUGUCAAGUUUUAAUUAAAGUUGCACUUCUUGCUGUA